CUGUAACUUGACAGCUGUAUGAGAGCACCAAGCAGUCGAGGGAGAAACAGGUUUCCAUUGAGUUUACAGUUCGUACUCUUAUAUAAUUUCGUUUUCGUUGGGUGGCUUUCUCUGUUGUUGAUUCCCAGCCGUUCAAAGCGGAAUGGCCGAACCGAGCGGCAGAUAUCAGCAGCUUCCCAAUGAGGAGGACCCAGAGGAGAGUCCACAGGCAGCCGCUGAUGCCCCCCCCCCAUACAGCAGCAUCACCGGGGACAAUGCUGCCUUCUUUGACUACAAGGAAGAUGGGGAUUUCCCCAAGCCUCCGUCGUACAACGUAGCGACUACCCUACCUUCCUAUGAUGAAGCAGAAAGAACCAAGGCUGAGACCAGUGUUCCCCUGGUAACCGGAAGACAGCAGCUUCAACGCCCGGAGACUUUUGAUGAUGUAAUUCGCAGUUCACUGGAGGAUGAAGACUUUGUGGCCAGAGACGACUUUGAAGACGCUGAUCAGCUGAGGAUAGGAAAUGAUGGCAUCUUCAUGCUCACUUUUUUCAUGGCAUUCCUGUUCAACUGGAUCGGCUUCUUCCUGUCUUUCUGUCUGACCACUUCAGCAGCGGGACGCUACGGUGCCAUCUCAGGCUUUGGCCUCUCCCUCAUUAAAUGGAUCCUCAUUGUCCGGUUCUCCACAUACUUCCCUGGUUACUUUGACGGACAGUAUUGGCUGUGGUGGGUGUUCCUGGUCAUGGGCUUUUUGCUCUUCCUUCGAGGAUUCAUCAACUACGCCAGGAUCCGCAAGAUGGCUGACACCUUCUCCACCCUGCCCCGCACCCGAGUCCUCUUCAUUUACUAAACUCUCAAUCCAUCAGAUUUCCAUCAUUAUUUGUUUUUCUCCUUUUCCUUGAAACAUGCGGUCUGGCUUUCUCCAUUCAAGAAGGCAGAAAAGAACAUUUUUUUUAAACCUCUGAUUAUAUGAUUUGGACAAUACAUAUUUUGUCUCCUCUUGGUGUGAAAUAGUGACUGCUGAGAAAUCAGUAAAAUCCUUCAGUUGUUAGUGGUGAACUGUCAAGUGCUAUUUGCAGUUAUGAAGUGUGUGCUGAUAAAUGAAUGCCUUAUUUACUGCCUGUUGGUAGCAGCAGCAUGCACUGUGCUCCUGUUUAACCUCCAGGGGGCAGUCUUGUUUGUGUUAUCUUUCACCAUGUCUACUACCAGAAGAUGUUUUGUUUUUUUCUCAGCCCAGGGGCAGUGGGUCAUUUUGGUAUUAUGGGUUGAUUUACGCAGUGUGUAACAAUAUUUCAAGUUUAAUGUGCAUAUAAUCCUUCUGACCAAUGCUUUUGGUCCCUUGUGAAUUAGUGUAUGAAUUCAGGUAAUACAAGACUGAAAAGGGAAAUCAUUAGAUGUUUGGGUUCUUGGGCUAAAAAGUUAUUAAUGUAUUAAAGAGCACGGGAGCCGGGGUUUCCCCUAGAGCAUUUAUUCCACAUGUAUUUAGGAAUUACUACCUACUACAGUACUAAUCAAGAGUGUUGUUUCCCUAUGGACAAAAACAUGUAUGUCAGCGGAGAUGUAAAGCUGCAAAUAUAGAGUGAUAGCGAUUAAAAAAAGCUUCUAGUUACGAGAUUCAAAUGUGAAAAUAGACAUAAUAAAAUUGUUAAAUAAAUGAUUCCGACACCCUAUCUUAGUCAUCCCAAUGGUUUCCAAUGAGGAAAUAAUUAUCGUAUUGCCAGAUGUUAUUUAAAAACCCUUCCCUGUGAAGAGGAAGGGAUGUGUGAUCGUUUCCUUUGAUGUUACAAUGAAAUAUCAAAAGAGUCAUUCUGUUCCUGUUAACUCUCAUUCUAGUGGAAGCAGAAUUACUUCUUUUUUUUUACAGCAAUUUUAAAUUAUCUUGCUUGGAAAAUGUUUUGAAAUAAACUGUAAAAGGACA